AAUGUUCACCAAGACCCUCCUCCUCCUUAUCCUCAUCGCCUUCCUGGCCGAGCUUGCCACCGCUGAUUUUUCGUGUUUCCUUGGAAAUUGGUUCUGUGAUAGCGUGACGUGUAGAAACUGCAAAAUCUCAUCGUGCCUCACCGGAGACUGUGUUUGCUCAGUUUGCACAUAAUUGACAUAACCAUAAUUACAGCAAAACUACAUGUGUAUAUUAUUUGACAGCUUAUUUGAACAUUGCAAAUAAACAAAUUUUUUAC